AAUGCAAUGUGCUGAUCUAUGGUAAUGUUCAAUAAUACAUUCUCCGCCAGGCUCAAUUCAUCAGGGAGUUUCGGUAGGGGAGGCAUUUGUUAUUGGCUGUCUCUGCACCUCAAGGAUAACAUUUCUGUCCUUUUGAUUGGCUGCCCCACUGCUGCAAGAUUCUAACCGUCUUAUUUUGAUGAUGAAUAUGAAGGCACGCUAAGCCGGGCUGGAGCGGAGUGUCUCAGAGGCUGCGCUCCUUCCAGAGCCCAAGGACCUACAGCUCCCUCCUCUGCCUUCCUGUGCCAACAACCCCCCAAAAGUUGUGAUGCUUUUCUUUACCCAGUGCUUUGGGGCUGUGUUAGAUCUCAUUCACCUCCGGUUUCAGCACUACAAAGCUAAACGGGUUUUCUCUGCUGCUGGGCAACUUGUCUGCGUUGUCAAUCCCACGCACAACCUAAAGUAUGUGUCCAGUAGACGCGCCAUCACUCAGAGCACUGCAGAGCAAGGCGGCUUCCACCCUCACCAUCUCCCCCACCACCACCGCCACCACCGCCACCACCACCACCUGCGCCACCACGCCCACCCCCACCACCUCCACCACCAGGAGGCAGGGCUGCACGUUGCCCAGGUGACGCCCUGCCUGUGCCCCUUGUUCUCUUGCCAGUGGGAAGGCCACCUGGAGGUGGUUGUCCCCCAUCUGCGUCAGACCCACAGGGUUGACAUCCUUCAGGGAGCGGAAAUAGUCUUCCUGGCCACAGACAUGCAUCUGCCGGCGCCGGCCGACUGGAUCAUCAUGCACUCCUGCCUCGGCCACCACUUUCUGCUGGUGCUCAGGAAGCAGGAGAGGCACGAAGGGCACCCCCAGUUCUUUGCCACCAUGAUGCUGAUCGGGACCCCCACCCAGGCCGACUGUUUCACCUAUCGCCUGGAGCUCAACAGAAACCAUCGGCGUCUCAAAUGGGAGGCCACCCCCCGGUCUGUCCUCGAGUGCGUGGACUCGGUCAUCACAGAUGGGGACUGCCUCGUCCUCAACACCUCCCUGGCCCAGCUCUUCUCUGACAAUGGCAGCCUUGCCAUCGGAAUUGCUAUCACUGCGACGGAAGUCCACUCCGCAGAAGCCGAGAUGUGAGGCCAGGGGCCACCAGAAGCCCACACACGGCCUGUGAGCCCCGGGCCUCUGGGUGUCAGGACACUAGACUCCUUUUUAUUCUUCUCCUUCUUUCCUUCUUUUUUUUUUUCCUUUUAAUUUUGUCUCAGGUACUUUGUGGUAUUUAGUAUUUGUCUGCCGCGGGCAUUAAUGUCAUGUAAACAUCCUGUGAUUCCAGAUCUUGGCGUGAUGUCUGUCCUGCUUUGUUGACAUAGUUUUAUAGAAGGUUUGUAAGAUUCGAUCAGAGUAGUUAUUUCCUGCCACCCUCAGUUCCUUUCUCCACUAUUUCCAAAAGGAAAAGACUGUUGGAGUUGAAAGAUGUACUGUCCAAAUCGUUUCUUCUUUCUUUCUUCAGUCUGUUUCAGAGGGAGUCCUGCCUCUUUAGGUUGAGUCUGCUUCUCCCCUCUGCCACACUUCAGGCACUGGGGAAGCAUUACUCCCAAACCCCAAGAAGUGCUCACUGGGGCCCAGUGGGCCUUUCGCCAGCCCAUUCUGUCACCUCAGCUGGAUCCUGGCAGGCCUCCAAGCCAACAUGAAUGAUUAUUGGUAAAAUGGAUGUCAGACCACAGGUAGAACUCAGAGUGCUUAGUUUCAGGCAGAGUCCUGGCUGCCCAUCAGCCAUCUUUUCUUCAUCAAAAAUAAUUUGUCCUGAAACCCAGCACCCUCCCCCUAAACAACCCGAGUAAUUUUCGAGCCACUUUUGCUGCCACCUCACACCCCAAGUACCAGAAAGAGGUCCUUGGAAGAUUUGACAGCACAAUCCUCUGGAGUCAAACAAUAAUUGCUAGAGCCCUGGGGCUAGGGCUUCAUUUUUUCAGAGCCCUGAGUGGGUGACAAACUUUAGGUUGCAUCCUGCUUGCUCUCAGAGCUACGGGGGCACACUCCCCCCCGGGGCACUGGCACUAGCUUCCCACCUCCACCCACAAGAAUGGUCCAGGAAUGACUUGAGGCUGGUUGGUCAGUGCCAGAAAAAAAUAGGCUUGUCUGACUCCCUACGUAGUCCCCAGUCCCUUUCUGUAAUCCAAGACCUGCUUGGCUGUAAGUCUGGUAACCGUAGAAGCCGCAGUUCCUCUCCUGACUUCUGAUGCUCAACCAUUUUGAAAACAUUUGUGUAGCAUCCCAGGUGCCCCAGACAAACAGACCAACCUCAUGAGGAAUACAACUAACAUUCACAGGGCCUCGGGGCGCCUGGGGACAUCACCUUUGCCUUCUUGUGCCAAGUCACCUGAGCCAACCUGGGAAUAACUUCAGGUCGCUGCUAUUGCAUACAAGACUGUGUGAUGAGUAAGUGAUCUUGGAUAGGAUCUUCUUGCAUGUUGGUUUCUAGAAAUCCUUAGAAUAAGGAGGAGGACAUGUGCUAUGUUCUUCCAUCUAUGGUACUUCCAAGGAGGCCUUUCUCUCCAUAUCUACAUGUAAGGAAUUAAAGAAAAAGGAGCAAACUAACAACAAAUGAGAAAUAGAAAAUAAUAUCCAAAAAGUGUGUUUGAGCUUUAGUGUUCUUCAAGGGCUCUCUCUCUCUCUCAUUUGAGUCUCAGGUUAAUCCUCAACAGUAUCCUCAAUAUACUAAAAACAAUAAAAAUGCCCAGGCAGGACAUUACCUUCUCCAGGUCACACAUGGAGUGAUCAGACCACAGGUAGAACUCAGAUUAACCAGCUUCACACUUAGGGUUCUCAAAAUAAGAAGACUGCCCAAAAUAUUUAGCAAUGUUCUCACAUCAGCAGUGGAUCAACUGGGUCUUUGCCCUAGGACAGAUGGGAGAACAGGAAGAGGAAGACUCAAGUGGAGUUGCUUUUAGGAACAUCUGGUCAACCUGGGAAUAGGCCAGCCCCAGGGAGAUGAUGUGGGGACAGGUAUGUGGAGGUCUCAGUGCCCUUUCUUGUCUCUCUUCACCCACUGCUAGGCUUUUUAGAUUCCCAAGAACCCCUACACAGCCCUGGAUUUUGAUUAUCUCAUUCACACUGAGGUGCUAGACUUACUGACAUCCUCUGAGGAACAUGUACAUUCUAAGAAGACCUAGAGAGACAGCAGCACUUAAUGGUGAGAAAGGAGUUACCCAUAUUUGAAUCACAGCUUUUUCUGUAGGUAUGGAGAAAGAACCAUCCCUCUCCUUGAGCCAACAUGAAUGAUUAUUGGUAAAAUGGAUGUCAGGCCAUACAAGGAGGGUUGUUUUUAACAAUCAGUAUUCACAUGAAUCACUUUAUCUUCAGAUAGAAGUCAUAAUAGCACACAUGGCUACCAUUUAUUGAGAGUCUACUACAUGACCCAGUGGACUAAGUAUUUGAAUAUACUAUCUCAUAUAAUCUCCCUAACAAUUUUAUGAAAUGGAUACUGUUUAUUAUACCCACUUUAUAGGUGAGAAACAUCUACAUGUCUGCCUCCGUAGUCCAGGCCUCUGACCAACAUCAACCACGUCAUUCCUAUGAACUCAAGACCCAAGGCUCAGAAGGACCUAGCCAUGAAGUCCGAAUGGCUUAGGAGCCUUUUAGUACUGUGGUACUAAAUGUGCUUUUUCAUUUCUCCUUUUUCUUCCUUUUUUUUUUGCCAACUUAAAACCCAGUGGUACCCUAGAGCUGCCAUGUGUUCUGGUUGUUAAAUUCUUAGCAAUUUUGCAAGCUGAUUAUUAAGUACAGCCAUUAUUAAAAAUUAAAUUGUAUAAAUUUUCAAUUAAAUAAAUUAUAUUUAAUGCACAGGUAUUAAGUACCCAACCUAAUCACUUCUUAAUUAUUUCAUCACUCUUUGCUUUCUGGGCUCCUGACAUUAUUUGUAUCAGUCAGAUCCAAAAGAUGAACUUGCUGCACAAGGAUGUUCUACAGCUCAUCUUCCAACUCCACAUUUAGUGACUUCAUGGUGAUAACUCAAAAUUGGCCAUGGUGGGAGAAUUUGCACCAUGGAAAUUAGCAAACACAAGCCAGGGGUUCCCCUUCUCUCCCUAAGAAACCAUUUGUUAAACAUUUACCUGUAGAGCAUUACCUUGAUGUUGCUAAUGCACACAGCAAGGUAGGACUAUUGCAGACAGUGGACUUUGGGAAAAAGCAAGUCCUUGGUGGCCAUAUUGAUAGGGGUAGAGAUGACAGUCAAAGAGCAAAUUCUCAGAAAACCCAAACCAUCCUGGAGAAGAGAUUCUGAGGCUUAUAAGCAGCUACAAGAGCAUUCCCUGCCAGAGGAUACCCUCCUCCUCCCCAUCAGCAUCCCUCUCUAUCUCUGUGAGUACAUAGAGUUGUAUUGGAUGGCUUUCAUGGAGAAUCAUGGCCCAUAACUAGUCUGUUGGCAAUUCCAACCCAAAAGCAAAACCAAGCUCUAUAAAUAGAGCUUGAAUCUCCUAUCACUUAGGUGCCCCUCCCUAGCUCUAGAUCCUGACACAUAGGCCAAAAUCUAAUCUAAAGAAAUGUUCUAUUUUGAAAUUAGAGAUAUAAAAUAUCCAAAAUCUGAGAAGUCACAGUAAGCAGUAGUUUCAGACAUCACAUAAAAUGAGUUCCCAUGAAACUGGGACCCUCGGCAGGAAUCUAAGGGACAGAAAAGGUAGUCAGUCAAGAGAUGUCACACGAAGAACAGUGCUUAGCAUUUUCCUUUCCUGCUUUGGCUACUUCACUUCAUUGCAACCCAGCAAGGACCCUGCAAGGGUAGACGGUUUCCCCUAGGGCAAGACUCAUGGGACAGAACAGGCUAAGUCCCUGGAAAAUGGCAGGAUCUCCAAAGUCAACUGUGAAUCAAUGACUCUGAUCCCAGUGAUUUCCAUGUAAGGGAUGGCAGAAGUGAGGUUCUCUGAGGUUCCACCUGGAGCCCGGUUCUGGUGGGAGGGGGGUAUCACAACUGGGCAUCAAAGAGUUAGGCUUUGAUUGACAUUCAGCUCCAAAUUGCAUCAAGUGGAGUCUCCUAGUCAGAUUGUCAAAUUUGUUCUGAAGAUUUCCUUUAAGAAUUGGUUUGCUGUCCUUUGUGUUAACCUGGAGGAUGGCCAGCUGAAGAAAACCUCCAUUGAAGAAAGAUCCCAGAGAUCUAUUGCAGAUAAGCAUUGAUUUCCUCCAAUAUCAGGUCAUCAUAUGAGUUAUCUACAGGGGUUAGAGUUUGUUUUUUCCAAUACUGUGAAAAAAAUUUCACCUUGAUUAUACUAUAAACGUUUCUUAUCCUUUUUUAACCUUGGUUUAAGGUAUGGAGAUAAGAAAGAGAAAGGAAAUUGAGAGGCAUUUUACUUAUCCUGAAAUUGAUGUGUAUAUAGAAUUUUCUAGGCUUUCUAAUGUUAAAGAAGAAGUAGCAAACGUAGAAUGCUACUUUACUCUGUCUCAAAUGGAAAAUGUCAUUAAAUCACAUUUGAUAUUGUUUCCUGGAACCCUUUGGAGUUGUUUUGUUGAUGGUGGUGGUCCCCCCCCCACACACACACACAUACACACACACACUCACUCACACACUAGUAAGCAACAUGAAGGAAGUGCUGUUAUCAGAGAUUCGCCAGCUGUCACGUUUGACUUAGGUGUCAUUAUCUCCCCCUCUCAUUUCAUAUUUAAAAGUCAUAAUUAGAUUCACAGAAUAAAUCACUACCAGAGGUAAAUAGAAGCCCUGGCAACUAACUUGCCCCCAGUCCUAUUUCAGUCUAGUGCUGCCCUGAGAAGAGAGACCAAAGCCCUUCUCCCCACAUGGUAAAGAAAGACUUGCUUCACUCCCCUUCUCUGGUCUCCCAAGUCCCUUAUCUUAGCUGUCCCCUGCCUCUGCCUAACAACACUGUCCCUGAAAUUUACUUCUGGGCCUAUCAGAUCAGUUGUCAAAGAAGCCUUCAUGGUUUAAUUCUUUAAUUUCAGGCCACUGUUAGUUACUCGCAAGAUCAGAAUUGAGCAAGAGUUCUAAUCCUAUUGCCUGUCAAUUCACUUUAACCUCAAUCUUCUUCCCUUCCUCCUUAUUCCCUGAACCUGUUUCCUGCUCUCACAAAGGCUUAGAGACAGUGCCUUGAAUGGAUCUGAGUGAUCAAAACUGACCACAUGGCCAUCAUGAAUAUUCAUGAGCCAGGGCACUUUUCAGGCCCUGUCCUCUCCGGGGACCACUCUGUACCCCACAGUGGCCGGGUUAUUUGCCCUUUGCCUCACAAUUCCACACUAACGCUGCUGAUGUUCAUGCUGGAGAAAGACUCCCCCGAGAGAGAACUCGGUCCUCCAGAAGCCCAGCAGAGGGAGGAAGCCCCAGCCUGAUCCCGCCGUGACAGCCAGAAUUUGGGUUCCCAAACUUCAGUGGGCUUAAGAGUUACCCGUAGAACCCAGUUUUUGAAUCCUAGAACCAGACAUUCUGAUUCAGGGGUCUAGAGUGGAGCCCAGGAUUCUGAUUUUUAACUCUCUUCCCCCAUGGGAUUCUGCUGAGGCUAUUUGGCUGAACAUUAGGUUCUCAAAUCCAGAGCCAGAGAUCUGGUGAGAAAACAGGUCACCAAAAACAAAGAAGCAGGUGAAGUCACCUGGGGAAGAUAGCUGGUAGUUCUUUAAAAGAGGCAGGAGAGCAGGAAAGAGGUGACUGGAAACGGUCAUACUUGCAUUCAAUGGAGAAGCAGGAAAAAACUAAACAGAGUCUAAAAAGAGCACAGAGGAGUAUUAGGCAGGAGUCCUCUGCAACCCAGUGUGAGAGGGAACACAGCUCUGUCAUCUGGGGCUGGCAAGAGAAGGCAGAGAGGACAGAGGAGCAAGAAAGGGGGUUGGCAGGCAGAUGAGGAUGUGGGAGCUCCUCAGCCAUGACGGAUGAACCAGCCCAGCGUGGAACAGUCCCCAGUGCCGAGUGCCACACAGUGCAAAUCCCCACCGCCUGGUGCUGAUAAAGGGACUACAACCCUAUAAAUCUUCCUUUGAGCACUGAAGUAAACCCCUGUCUGGUCCUAAUUUAUAUUUAAAUCUCUGCCCUCAGCCCUGACACGGAGUCACCUCACAAAUCCCUAGAGAGGCUUUUAUUCAUCGCGCAGGUCUCCCCUGGCUGCCUGGGUAGGGGUCACCAUUUCACGACCUUCCGACCUUCCUGGGGAAUGUGAAAUAUCAGAUCUUAUUCUCCUGCAGCUCUGAACUAAGCCCCCUGUAAGCUUCGCCUGCAGGGUGAGAAAGAAGGAAAGCCUUGAACUGGUUCCCUAUUGGUCCUGGGGUAGACAAGGCAGACUUUGCAUUUGCUGUGCAAGGACCAGCGGGAAAAGCAUCUAUUAAGUAUCAAAGUUGGGAGCUUUGAUUACCACCCAGCUAGAAGGUAAUUGAAUCUUCCAUUCUGUCUCUUCCUCGGUUUCAAUUCUAUUUCCAGUAAUACACAAGGGGUAGACACAUCUUGAUUUUUAGAUCAGACUUUACAGUGUUAACUUUAAAAAAGAUUGACACGGAGGUCAAAGGAAAUAGCAUUUAUUUGAGAAACAAAGAAUUGCAAUUCUAGUACACAGAAUCAGGGUACUCAGAGCAGUGUCCCAUGGGGGCAUGUACGGGGAGGUUUCUUUAACAAUAUUUCCACAAAAGUUGUUUUCAGAGGCAAUUUGUUAGCUGGACAGAAAUUCUAAAUCACAAACCUGUUCUGAUUGGUUUAUUAAUUAAGUUAAUUAGGUCAGCGGCUGCCCGAUUUCACCUGUUGAAGUGUAUUGGAGCAGGUUUGAAUACAAUCUUCUUGAGGUCUCCCUAUUCCAUUUAAAAAAAAAAAAAAAAAACUUAGUCUCAGUGACUUCAUUUUCUUUCCCAACAGGCAAU